UCUCAGGAAUAAUUCAGAAAUACCUGCAAGAUCCUAAAAAAAAUGCAGAAACUCUUCACUGGCCUGCUGAUCUUCAUCGGCUCCCUGCUGACCGCCUCGGCAGACAUCUCUUCGCCCAUCAUAGGGGUUCUCACCCAGGAGGUUUACACCGAUGGAUUGAUCUCGCGACACUUCGAUAACAAGACCAGCUAUAUAGCCGCCUCGUACGUGAAGUAUCUGGAAGGAGCUGGAGCCCGAGUAGUGCCGAUUUGGAUCGGACGCAAUCGCAGCUACUAUGAAGAUCUCAUGCACAAGAUAAAUGGAGUUUUGUUGCCCGGUGGAGCCACUUGGUUUAAUCAGAGCAAUGGUUAUGCCGACGCAGGCGAACAUCUUAUCCAGUUGGCCAUCGAACGGAAUGAUCAGGGAAUUUUUAUGCCCGUUUGGGGCACUUGUCUUGGCAUGGAACUGUUGGUCUACAAACUGGCCAAUGGCACUGAGCAUCGGAUUAACUGCGAGGGAACGGGAAUUGCCCUGCCAAUGGAGUUUAAGGAAGAUUACAACCAAAGCCGCCUAUUUGCCUCGAUCAGCGAAGAUGUUGUGACCGCCAUGAUCAAGGAGAAUGUGACUUAUCACUGGCAUCAAUUUUGCUAUACGGAAAAGGAUUUCGAAAGGGAUCUACUGAACGAAACUUGGCGGGUUAUGUCCUUAAAUCACGACUGGAAUGGCGUAGAGUUUAUUUCCACCAUGGAGCAUAAAAAGUACCCCUUUUACGGAGUUCAAUUCCAUCCUGAGAAGCCCUUGUACGAGUUUACUAAGAAAAGCAUUCCACACACGGCUGCAGCUGUAAUAAGUGGUCAAUUCUUUGCCGAUUUCUUUGUGACUGAGGCUAGAAAAAGUAUUCAGAGCUUCGCAAAUGCCACGGAACAGGCCAGAACACUAAUUUACAACUAUAAGCCUGAGUACACUUCGAUUCUGGGCUCCUCGUACAUCCAGCAAUAUUUGUUUACCAACGACGAAAUGGAAAUUCCUGAUAUUCCAGAUAUCCCCGACGAGGGCGGCGAUGGCGAUGGCGGUAGUAGUGGCUACCCCUAUGUGCCCAUCAUUGUGGAUGGCGGUGGAGGUAGUUCUGCCAUCCUACCGCUCUUUGCUGGGUUACUCUUAACCUUGCUGAUCCUAUUAAUUAAUUAA